UGAUUAAAAAAAAAAUUAGAAAAUUUUGUAUAAAAAUUCAAAAAUGUCACAUUUGAAAGUUUCAAAAUUUAAAGUUAUUUUAUUAAGGAAAUGAUAUUAAUUUAUUUUUAUUUUAUAAUGUUCUGCAUUUUUAUUUGGUCAAGUUUGUAAAUUGAGUAUUCUGGAGUUUGUGGGGAAGCAUAUUUAAAUUUGAAGUAAAAACAUGGCUAGCAGGAGGAUGUGCUUUUGUCAAAUCCUGCGGGGGUGUCCUCCCAUUCCGGAACAGGAGGAUCCGACUACCUACACCGAAGAAGAAUUAGACUCUAUGCCCCAAAUCCAACCACGUCAACAACGGAUCCUCACAGUCCAGCAGACUCCAAAGUUAAUUCUUGAGAAACGUAGAAUACUGCAACCUAGAAUCAUCGAGGACGAACGGGUUAUGAAUCGAUUUCAAACGUAUGCUAUUCCUCAAGUAACAUUUCGGAAUAAAUUUAUAAAAGUUCCAAGGAUAGAAUAUGAAACCGAAAUCGUAAAGGAGCCGCAACUGAUUUGGUUGCCAUCAACGGAAGCAUAUCCAGAAGUAGUUAACAUACCGCGAAUUGUCGUCGAGCCAAAGGAAGUUUAUGAGCCUAGACUAUUUUAUCCAAAGCCUCAGGUCCUUGACAUACCUCAGCAACGUGAUUCUAAUUACUAUCCUGUAGGGCAAAGUUUUGCGUAGUGUUCUUUUCCUCAGUAUUCAAAGUUUAGAUGAAUUAUUUAUUUCAAAAUGAUCUUCUCCCCAGUAGUUAGAGCUCUAUACAGUUCUUAGCGAAUUUUAUAUUUUACUCUGGUCAUAUAUUCCUAGUAAGAUGUCCUGGGAAUUAUGUCCUGUGGGGGAACAUAUGAAAUCUGCACGAGAAACAUGGUAACUGCAGGGUGGUAUAUCUGACAAACUACUUUGAGCCGCCUCUAUUGGAUCAGGACGUCGGAUAUAUUCCCAUAUCGUGAUUACGAUAGAUGGAACAAAGUAUCGUGUUUGAUAUGCCGAAUUACUAUUAUCUGCGAUAAUUUUUUUUUAACUUAGAAUAAAGCAUGUGUUAAUCAAGACAUUCAAAUUACCACAAAUAAAAAGUUCUCCAAAUUG